GUCAUCUACAAAAAAUUCAACAUCCCUUGUCCUCUGGAGACGUUUGGCAACCAUUCUGUGAGCGAGGUCAGCCCAGAAGACACGUGUACCAUCAAAUACUUCACCAUCAACCAGGAGACGGCGUACACCAUCCCCAUCCUGGCCUUUGCGUUCGUGUGUCACCCUGAAGUGCUUCCCAUCUACACCGAACUCAGAAAUCCAACCAAGAGAAGAAUGCAAAACAUUGGCAACGUUUCCAUCUUGGGGAUGUUCAUCAUGUACUUCUUCACCGCCACAUUCGGUUAUCUGACUUUCUUGG